AUGAAGUUCACAACUCCCCUCCUCGUUCUGCAGUCAGUUGCUUGUGCAGCCUUCACGCUCCCAGACAACUUGCCCAACGGUGUAUACCGCGCUCACGUCAACGCCGAAGGCCUUGAAGUCUCAGAAGGAGUCACAGUUGACUAUAAAACUACUGUAACUCCAAGGAAGACUACGAAUCUUCUCAAGUCUCGCCAAACCAAGGACGAAGGAGGAUGGGACCGAGACCAGCCAGACAUGUGGUGUGGAUGUGGUCUUUCCAUGAACCAUGGAAACUGCGAUAACGCUGUCGACAUGCUCAAGGCACAGUUUGACAGAUCUGAUGGCGGCGUCGGUGAAGUUACUCAAGCCUGGUAUUCCAUCUACGGCGAUGUCGUUGCAUUCUGUUGUGCACAAGGCACAUUCCCUCUCUUUUCCAGCCAGUACACCGAUUUUCUCGCGCGUCUCACGGAUAGAUGCGGCUGGUAUGUUCCAGGGACAUUUUCCCCGUCUUCCAUUGGCCUUUCUGCCGUUGACUGUGGUUACAUGAACUAUUCCCCUGGUCUCGAUUUCUGUGGCAAUGCAGAAAUUGGUCGUCACAUGGGAGAAAAGGGACGAUGCUGA